CGCGUGUCCGGAGCGGUGGGGCGGGCGGCUGUGGGCGGCCGGCCGCCUCGCAGGUAGCGCGGUGGCGGAGUCUCCGCUUCGGGAUUCGGAAGGCCUCGCCUGCCAGGCCGAAGACCUCUCUUCCCUGCUUCCCCCGACGACCGUCCCAGAAGCGCCGGCUUCGUGUGUUCAGAGACCCUUGAAGAGAGUGCAGGAGGAAUGAUUCGGAGCCUUGAGUUAGAGCAGACCCGUCAGCUCCGACCCCCUCAGGACCUCCGGAGGGCCCGUGUAGCGCAGCGACUCUUCUCUGUCACCCCGAGCGCAGGCCUCUGAGAUGGGGCGUGGGGCUCCACCCCACUGAGACGAGAACUGGAACAGUUCCUAUCUCUCUCAAAAUGGAGUGUUCCCUUUAAAUUAGGAGACGCAUCCUAUUCCUCCAUAAUAGUUGGAAAGAAUGCAGACAUAAUUCAUCUCUUUAAAGAUUGCGCCCUAGUACUUGAAAUGCUUUUUAUUUAAAAGAGUAGUAAAAAUGGAAAAAGAAAAAGUAAAGGAUGAUGAAAAACCAGAGCUGGAUAACUCUGUGGACUUUUCUGAACAGUUUAACCAACUUGAAUUGUUGAAAACUCACGGACACCUGAUUCCCACUGGUACUCAGAGUCUCUGGGUAGGCAAUUCUGAUGAAGAUGAGGAGCAAGAGGAAAAAAACGAAGAGUGGUACCAAUUGCAAGAAAAAAGAAUGGAAAAAGAGCCAAGCAAAUUGCUUCUUUGGGCUGCUGAAAAAAAUCGGCUUGCUACGGUGCAGAGACUACUCUCUGAGAAGGCCGCUGAAGUGAACACUAGGGAUGAAGAUGAGUAUACCCCUCUUCACCGAGCAGCCUACAGUGGGCAUUUAGAUGUUGUUCGUGAGCUGGUGGCUCAGGGGGCAGAUGUUCAUGCAGUGACUGUGGAUGGCUGGACACCACUGCACAGUGCUUGUAAGUGGAAUAAUACUAGGGUGGCCUCUUUCUUACUUCAGCAUGAUGCAGACAUCAACGCCCAAACAAAAGGCCUUUUGACCCCUUUGCACCUUGCUGCUGGGAACAGGGACAGCAGAGACACCCUGGAACUCCUCCUGAUGAAUCGUUACAUCAAACCAGAGCUGAAGAACAACUCACAAGAAACUGCUUCUGAUAUCGCCAGGAGGACAAGCAUCUAUCACUACCUCUUUGAAAUUGUGGAAGGCUGUACAAACUCUUCACCUCCGUCUUAAUGACUCUAGUAAUUUUAAGUUUCAAAGUACCAGUGCCUCCCAUGUGUGAGAUGUAAAAUAUUCCCAUGUACAGAGAAAAGAUGUCUCACUACAGAAAUUCUGUUGUGCGCAUCACAGCUUUUUUCCAAGUCAGCUGCCUGACCUUGAUGUCACAUGUAUUUGAGAGGUAUUUGGGUGCAUCUGUGGUGAUUUCUGCAGUGUGUGAUUUUUAUCAGAAGUAAUUUUACUGGACACAGGUAAUACAGAAACUAAGGAUAUUUUUUGGUGCUGAUCCAAGAGAAAAGUAUUUUUAAAUAUCCCAUACCCUGGGUCUUUGUUCAGUUUAGCACAUUGACUUGUAUUUUUAUAAGCUAACUCCAAAUUUUCAUCUUGAACAUACUGGUGCAGUUCAGCUGUCUUCUCUGCAUCUCCAGUUUCUUUCAUUCUAAACAAGAAACACUAAAAAUUAGUGUCUUAACAUCUUUGUAAGUUUAAAAAUAGUAGUGGAAUGUUUAGAUGUUUUGUUUUUCAAGAUGUAGGCCAUUCUGAGAAAAGCGGUUAGGGAGAUGUUUAAUCCUUGAAUGUUUUACACUGCCUCCCCCACCACAUUCAUAACCCUGUGGACAGUCCUACCUCACCCUGGUCAACCCAUGUGACCCUUACUGUUAUGGCCAGACAGUGUCUCCAUUAAGACAUGCACAAAACUGUAUCUUGGUCCAAAAGAUUAAAACUGCCCUCUGAAGUGUUCACCUUUCUCUCCUGCUGGAUUAGGCAUUACUCAUAAGUUCCAGGAAAUGUCCAGCACUAUCCCCACGGCCCUCAUUUUCUACAAGCCAUGACAGAGGAUAAAGGAAAAGGAAUUCUAACAGUGAGGAAUGAUUGUCAUAUGGGACCACAACAUCAAGUGGCUCAGGCUUUCUUAAAACAGAAAAAAACAAAAACAAGCAACCAGACAAACAAAUGAAAAAAA